ACUCUUUGGAGACGUAUCGGUCGUGCCAGUGGAUUGGCUAUAAAUCAGGAAGUAGCAUCGCUGUUUGGCUAGUUGAGGGAGUAGAAAAUGAACAGCGAGGAGGACGGCUCUGUGGCAGAGGACAGCGGCAGGAGACGCAGGGUACACGGGAUGCUGAAGCUCUACUAUGGGCUGAAUGAGGAAGGAAAGGCCGCGGAGCAGGCAGAGUCCCUGGAUCCCUGUGAUAUCAAUGGGCCUCACUUCGACCCGGAGCUUUACCUCAACAAGCUGAGAAGAGAGUGCUCUCUUGCAGAGUUAAUGGACCACGAGACAUGCAUGGUCAAACAGAUCCGCUCUCUGGACAGUGACAUGCAGACACUGGUGUAUGAAAACUACAACAAGUUCAUAUCUGCAACAGACACAAUAAGAAAGAUGAAGAAUGAUUUUAAAAAGAUGGAAGAUGAAAUGGACUGCCUUUCCGCAAACAUGGCGGCAAUUACAGACUUCAGUGCUCGGAUCAGUGGCACACUCCAGGAUCAACAUGUGCAGAUUACUAAACUUUCAGGUGUCCACACAUUGUUAAGAAAGUUGCAGUUUCUUUUCGAGCUCCCUGCCAGACUAAACAAGUGUCUAGAGCUACAGGCCUAUGCUCAGGCAGUGAACUCCCAUCGCAAAGCUCGCUGUGUGCUGCAGCAGUACAGUCACCUCCCAUCAUUCAAAGGCAUCCAGGACGACUGUCACGCCAUCAUGGACAAACUGGCCCAAGAGCUACGGCAGAAGUUCAGGGAUGGUGGGACUAGUUCCAAAGACUUAUCGGAGUGUGUGGAGCUUCUGCUACAGCUGGAUGAACCCGCAGAAGAGCUGUGUGACAAAUUCCUCAGCCAUGCUCGAUCUCGACUUGAGUCAGAUCUCCAGGGCCUGGGGGCAGAGAUAAAACCUGAUGCUUCCUCUGCUACUUCUGCUCAAAACGAAUCAUCAGGGGCAGACGCUGGUUCGCCCACUGAUAGCUCUCCUACAGGGCUGCCCUCCCCCUCUUCUCCCAAAACUGACAUCUUGGAGUUCAUUGAUCGAGGUUGCAAUGAGUUUGUCAGUAGCUUGUGCUUAGUAAUUACAUCUUACCAAGAACUGUUUAUCAACCACCCUCAAACUGGUGAGCUUGCAACCAAGAAUAUUCCCCAGAUGGCAAAUGGCAAGCUUCAAGCAUUUGUAGAUGAUCUAGCUGCUCGGUAUUUCUCCCUCGUCGAGCAAAGGAUACAAGAGGAGAGAGGAGUAGGAGAUAACUCUCUACUUGUGCGCGCUUUGGACCGUUUCCACCGCAGACUGCAAGCUGUGUCCAAACUACUUCCUGGUUCAUCAGUACCAAACCAAGGCACAGAAAUUGUGAUCCGUGCUGCAAAUGAGCGUGUUAAGCAGUACCUUUGUGCGCUGCAGAGCUUCUACAUGGACAGUUUAACAGACGUGAGGCAGGCAUUGGCCACACCCCGUCUCUCUAUGGGUGGAGCUUCAGUGGUGGGGGGACCUGCGUCUAGUAGAGACAACCCUAGCAGUCUGCCAGAGCUGCUGUCCUCCCUGUCGUCCUCCAUUCUCAAUCAGAUCAAGUCUGUUCUGGCGUCAGUGCAUCUUUUCACAGCCAAAGACAUCUCAUUCUCUAAUAAACCAUACUUUAAGGGUGAAUUCUGCAGUAAAGGUGUCCGUGAGAGCCUGGUGGUGAGCUUCAUUAGGUUUGUGUGUCAGUCCUCACGUCAGUUCUGUGAAAGUGCCGGAGACAAGGGCGGCUCCACCCCUCCCGCCCUGCUGCUGCUGCUGUCACGUCUCUGCCUGGACUAUGAGACCUCCACCAUCUCAUACAUACUCACUCUGACUGAUGAGCAGUUCCUGGUGCAGCACCACACUCCUGUCACACCUGUCACUUCUUUGUGUGCUGAGGCCAGGGAAGCUGCGCAGAAGCUUCUGAACCAUUAUGUGAAGGUUCAGGGGCUGAUUAUUUCUCAGAUGCUCAGAAAAAGUGUGGAGACCAGAGACUGGGUAAACACUAUUGAACCACGAAAUGUCCGUGCUGUGAUGAAGAGGGUUGUGGAGGACACUACUUCUAUUGAUGUUCAGGUGGGUCUUUUGUAUGAAGAGGGAGUGAGGAAAGCACACAGCAGUGACUCCAGCAAAAGGACUUUCUCUGUGUAUAGCAGCUCCAGGCAGCAGGCCCGCUACGCUGCCAGCUACACGCCAAGUGCUCCUAUGGACACUAAUCUGUUGAGCAACAUACACAAGCUGUUUUCUGAAAGGAUUGACAUUUUCAGCUCAGUGGAGUUCAACAAGGUGUCGGUCAUGACAGGAAUCAUCAAAAUCAGCCUCAAGACAUUCCUGGAGUGUGUGCGUCUGCGCACGUUUGGCCGUUAUGGACUGCAGCAGAUCCAAGUGGACUGUCACUAUCUACAGAUGUAUCUGUGGCGCUUUGUUUCAGAUGAAAACCUUGUACACUUCCUGUUGGAUGAGAUCGUGGGGAGCUCGGCUCACCGCUGCCUCGACCCCGCCCCCAUGGAGCAGAGUGUGAUUGAAGUCAUUUGUGAGAGAGGCUAGAGCAAAAGCUAAAUGCAGUUAUAUUAUUGUAUGGCUCUUGACAUAAUUGAUUUCAGUAAGAAUGCGCCGAUAGCUGUUGCUGUUAAUGCGAGACUGCUUCAAUUUUCAAGUAAUACAUUUUGUGAAUCAGAGAAAUAGAAUUCAUUUAUUUAAUCUCUUAUGUAUUUAUUGUGUUCUUGACUUGGGUUAAUUGUCUUUUUAAUUUUGGAAUCACUGUGAGUGUUGGGUUUUCUGUGUAUAAGAAUAUGCACUAUAAGGUCUUUGGUUCUAGCUUUUUAUUUUAUUUUUCUGCAAAUCCCAAGCAAAUGAGAAAACAUUAAAUCUAUAUUUAAAUGCUAAAAUAUUUAUUUCACAUUUAUUUCUGUCUAAAUAUUAUACAGGUUACUGUUGCAAAUUAAGAUGUUUCCUGAUGUCUAAUUUUAGGUGUAUUAGGCAUAUCUUCAAUAAACUGCACACUCAUGAAUACC